UUUUUAUUAUUCCUAUACAUGGUAUCCCUGGUUCAUAUAUCAUAUAUAAAUAAGGGAGUUUGGUAAAGGAGCAGAGGUACAGAAAGCUCUUGGGUUUUGCUCAUUCACCGCUAUUCCAAUUUUGACCUUCUCCUUUUUUCCCCUUCAAUUCAAUUUAUCCAUUAGAACCAAACAAUACUGAUCUUCGCCGGCGUAAUUCCGGCCCCGGCAACGGUCCCGGCAGAGAAGAUAUUUUGUUGUAAAAUCAGCUUCGUCCAUAUGACUGAAACUACGAUGAUUCAAACCCUACGUUAUUACCUCUCUGAACAUCCUUCAAUCGUCGGAUUCCGAUGGACUGAUAGCCAAUCAUGGGGCAACACGUGGGUUUUCCUGUUUAUUUCGAUAUCGGCCUACAUUAUUUUAUCAGUUUUCCUCCAUCUCUUCCUCCUCCUGGUGUUCCGUCACCGUCGUCCUCUUCCUCUGGGUCCGAUCCCUGCUGUUCACUCUCUUUCCAUGGCGUUAAUCUCGUUUACUAUAUUCGCCGGAAUCCUCCUCUCCGCUGCGGCAGAGAUCCGUGAUACCCGUUGGUUCUGGCGGAGGUACAAAACGACAGCGUUUCAAUGGCUUCUGUGUUUCCCUAUCGGUACUCGUCCAUCGGGUCGGGUUUUUUUCUGGUCCUACAUCUUCUACCUCUCUCGAUUCGUUCACAGUUUGCGUACGUUUUUCACCAUCCUCCGUCGUCGUAAACUGUCGUUUUAUCAGCUAUUCAAUCACUCCAUUUUAAUUUUCAUGUCAUUUUUAUGGCUUGAAUUCUCCCAAUCAUUUCAAGUACUUGGUAUAAUAUUAACCACAUCAAUUUACUCAGUGGUUUAUGGUUACAGAUUUUGGACUGCUGUUGGAUUACCGAGUAAGUGUUUUCAUUUUGUGAAUCACUGUCAAAUUGUGUUGUUGAGUUGUAAUGUAAUUUGUCAUGUUGGAGUACUUUUGCUUCAUUUGUUAAGAGGGGGAUGUAAUGGAAUUGGUGCUUGGAUUCUCAAUUCAGUACUCAAUGCUGCUAUUCUCUUCUUCUUCCUUAAUUACUAUGUCAAAUUGCAUUUGGAGAAGAAGAGAAAAAUUGGAGCGGAUAAACAAAAGGAUAAUUGACCUCUAGCUAGUACUAAUGCUAAUAAUAUAUAUGUAUAUUUCUUAAACAUUUUUGUAAAUUAAUUUGUGUAUUUCUCUUGAGGUGGAUACAUGUUUAUUUAGUAUAAUAUAUAAUAUAUAUUAAUUUUCAUAAUUAUUACAA